AAUUCUGGUCAUGGACUCCCUGUCAAACUGACGUGACGUCAAAUACACGUUUAUUUCAUUUUCACUCGUGUUUUGACUGUUAUUAUUGUAAAAUAAAACAAACCGAUCAAAAAUGGUUAGUGAAAAUACAGACUUGAAAGAUUUUAAGUUAAGGCCAAUGAAAUGCGAGUGUAAUUACCUCAGCAAAUCCGAUGGCUCGGCUAUUUUAUCACAAGGACACACAGUCUCUCUAGUCAGCGUGAAUGGCCCUUUGGAUGUGAAAAUGCAGAGCCAGAGCAUAGAGAAGGCAACACUGGAGGUGCUGUUCAGUAGUAAAGGAGGCAAGCCAACAGUUGGAGACAGGUACAAGGAGCAUGUAAUCAGACAGACCUGUGAAACAGCUAUUCUUGGCAGUCUAUACCCUCGUACUGGGAUCACUGUCACUAUACAGGAGUUGGAGGACCAAGGAGGAUUCCUUGCAUGCUGUAUAAACUGCUCCUGCCUCGCCCUGCUGAACGCGGGGCUCGCGAUGCGCCACACGUUCGCGGCGGUGAGCUGUGCCAUCGACGAGAGCGGCAACAUACAGCUCGACCCCGCUCGCGACCAGCUCGACACAGCUCGCGCUAACAUGACCUUCGUAUUUGAUAGCAGAGAAAAGUCGCUUGUUACAGGUUUCACAGAGGGCAGUUACAGCGAGGACGCGUACAGCGAGGCGGUGGAGCGGUGUCGCGCCGCCAGCCACCUGGUGUUCGCCUUCUACAAGGAGAUCGUUAGCAAAUACUCCAAUGUUAUAGGAUGAUAUAUAAAUAAUAAAUAGUUAUUAAAAAUA